AAUAUGCUAAAAAUAUCAGCUCGUGCUGUUUUACUUUUGGUUUUAACUAUUGGGUUUACCUCUUGCUCUAUCUUUGAAGCUUACAACAGUGAAGAUGUCUCAUUCUUUGUCCAAAGCGAUGUGAAGGCUAACGUUGCAAUCAUGUUUUAUGAUCCAUUCCAAGAAGAAGGAGACUAUGAAAUUUUCAAAAAUGUUGAGAAAAUUAAUGGCAUCUUUUUGAGCAAAGGAGAUCCUGCAAGAUCUGUUGAUCAAUGGGUUAACAGCUUAAAUGAUGGAGCAAACUUGCUCAGAGUUGAUACUAUGAACCCUUACAAUGAUGAUGCGAAGAAAUCAUUCCACGUAUCCAGAACACCAUUCUUAGUUAUUUUGGAAGAUGGAAACGUUGUUUUUGAGGAAGCUCUUCGUGAUGGAACCUACAAUCAUGUUAGAGAUGUCCUUGAUAAAUCAAACUCAGCAUCAAAUAACAACUUUGGAUCUCAAAAUUUUGGAAGUGGAAGCAACUCAUUUUCCAAUUUGGAUAGUACUCUUCAAAGAUAUGGACAAAAUGCCAAACCUCAAUCAAAUAAUCAGAAUGGAAACAGUCCUCAAUAUGAUCCUGUUGAUAGGGCUGAAGAAUCUCUCGAAGGAGCUAACAAAAAGAUUACAAAGAACAAGCAAACCGUAGAAAACUCAUUGAAGGAACUUCAAGAUCAAAGAAAGAGAGUCCAGGCUUACCAAGAAGUUGAAUCUGCUAGGCAGAAAGCUGAAAAAGCUAAGCAAGAUGCUGAAGUUGCUAAGAAGAACUAUGAAGCUGCUCAAAAAGAAUUGAACCAACAUAUCAAUGACUUAAAUAAGGAGGAAGGGGAGAGACAGAAGUCUAAUAAUAGUAAAAAGGCUCAAUCCUACACUAACCAAUCAACUAGAUCUCAUUCAUCAACACCACCAAGAAUCUAUGGAGGAGUAGAUGCUCAUGCCAGUGCUUCAACUUCCACCUCUCAUGGUUCUUAUCCAUCAGUUAGCGCCAAUGCUAAUACUCAAUCAACAGUAUAUGGAUCAACAGGUAACGACAACUUUGCUAGUUCCAGAACUUGGAAUGGGUACAAAGCUAGUCAUUAAAUCUA